AUGCUUGAACAACUACCCCAAGAGAUCUUGGAUUUAAUCUUUAGUCUGCUAUCCAUGGACGACGUCAAAAAUCUUUCUCUGACGUCAAAGCACCUCCAUUCUGCUACUCUUGAAGCCGUCUGGGAAUCUAUAGUCAUACCAGCCUGGAACAAAAAUGGUAUUUUUGGAAUCAAACUCGCCGACCUUCCGCUUGAUCGAAUUCUCCUCGCCAGACAUAUUGAUCUACGGUUCAUAGAUGAGGACUAUUCUAGAAUUUGUCUACACAGUCAAAAACUACAGCUCUGUCGAGAACCAGCCGAUGAAAGCAUUAUUGCUAGGCCAGCAGCCUUCAGUAGUGUUGAAGAAAUCAUCAUCUCACUACUAGAGGAAUGUGAGAAGGAUCAUUGGAAGUCAUUCAGCAAAGUCCCAGUCGAGCUAAUAAAGCUGGAGCUCCAGGAAUCAUGGCCCAAGAACGACGAGGGAUCGAUAUACAUGGACGAAGACGAUCCAAUUGCAUUUUUGCUGGAUUCCUUUGAAGGACUUGAAGAGUUUUAUCUCAGCCAAAUCGGCGGGAUGCGUUCUAUACUCACAUGGCAUCAUGUGUGUCAUCAUAAAUCCACAUUGAAGAUAUUUGUGAACCAUUCGAGGUUCUAUGAAGAACGCAACCGACGCUGGUGGGAUCAGCCAGAUAUGAUGCUUCGUGACUGGAAUACGACACCAUUCAGGGACGACCCAACCUCUACGCCUCUCUAUCGGCUGGAUACCGAGUUCAUUAGCUUAUCUUGCGCGCCCAAAUUUCUGAAUGAUAAUUAUGUAUUGAACCCUUUCUCCAGAAAGGAGUGUCUGAAAAUCGUUCACCUCCGCCAAUCGCGUAGCGACAUAGGCCCUGAUUCUGAGACUUGGGCAGUCACGAUAGUAGAGGACGAAGAACCCAUCGAUAAUGCUCCAGCGGUGGACGAAGGUGAUAACCCUAGCAAAGAGUAUUUGCACUGUGCGUUCUGGACAUUCAUUCAGCGGGUCUUCUCUCCCAAGGGUAUCAAGUCCCUGGAGUACAUCGUGUUCGGUGACUAUGGCCGACCUGAACGAACGAGCAGGGGGAACUUGCUGAUAUGUCGGGAGCGUUAUGGAUCGCAAGAUUCCCGCAUCAUUAGAGAGUCAUGCCCAGAACCUGAAUGGUACUAUAUCAAGAAGGAGUACGGGGAUGCUCUGAGGUCAUGUCCCUCAGAUCCGUUGUUUGACACGCCAGAAGUUCAGCGCUAUAAACACCGGUGGGCUCAAUUCAUAGCAAAUGUAACAAGAUCCCCGUAG